AUGAAGUUCAUCGCGUCUAUCUCUGCUGUUCUGCUCCUGUCCGGCUCUGUUGUCAUGGCCGCUCCUCAGAACAACAGCCCUUACACUUUGACCAUCACGGGCUUGUCUGUACCAACCCCCAGUGGCUCCCCCAGUGGCUCGCCCACUCCAUUCCCUUUCAGCAGCGGUGCCCUCCCUACUCCAAGUGGCGCUGCUCCUUUCCAUGGCCGACGCCCACACCCACACCAUGGCGAAGGCGGCUCUCCUGGUCCCUUCCCUGGCAAGACUCCUCAGGACGGCAGCUUUCCUUUCAAGCGUAACGCCCGCCAGCUCAAGGCAUAA